CUUCCACGAUUCUACGAUUUGCAGGGCCGUACCCGAAGCCUCUCUGCCCCCGUGUUAGCGAGGCGGGCACUUCCCUCGCACGAAAACAUCGGAAGUUUUUUUUCCCAAGGUGUGACAGAAAGGAGGCAGAGAACGACAGAAAAGUUUGGGUCGGGAGGGACCUCAAAGAUCACCCAGUUCCCCCUCCCCCGCCCCGGGCAGGGACAUGUCCCCCCGCCUCGGGCUGCUCACAGCGCCCCGAGCUCACCCGCUUCCAAACCCCCCGAGCCCCGCGGCCGCCCCCGGAGCCGCCCGGCACGGGAGGCGGGACCCGGCGGGCUCCCCCGCCCCCGGGAGGGCGGCAGGAGAGUUGGGAGAGCGGCUCGGCCCGAGGAGAGCGCCCCGCGCCCGAUGGAGCGGCCCGGGGGCGGGCGGGACUGGCCGUACAGGGUUGAUCCAUAUGGGUUUGAAAGGCCAGAAGAUUUUGAUUAUGCAUCCUACGAAGCAUUCUUUUCCAGAUAUCUAGUGGUACUCACUCGAAGAGCAAUAAAAUGGUCCAAGCUACUAAAGGGGAAGAACAGUAUACAGAAGAGUUUAAAAGUGAAGAGGUAUAUCAGGAAAGGCAUUCCCAAUGAACACCGUGCAUUGAUCUGGAUGAUUGUGAGUGGGGCCCAAACCAACAUGGAAGAAAACCCUGGAUAUUACUACAGACUGCUUGAAGGAGAAAAGAAUGACAAGCUGGUUGAAGCAAUUAAAACAGACAUGAACAGAACUUUUCCAGAUAAUGUAAAAUUCCGCAAAACUGCUGAUCCCUGUUUGCAGCAUACGCUCUACAAUGUGCUGGUAGCAUAUGGGCAUCAUAACAAAGCAGUAGGAUAUUGUCAGGGCAUGAACUUCAUAGCUGGAUACCUGAUUCUUAUUACAAAGAAUGAAGAGGAGUCCUUUUGGUUGCUAGAUGCUCUUAUUGGAAGAAUAUUGCCUGAUUAUUACAGUCCUGCGAUGUUGGGCCUGAAAACUGAUCAGGAAGUCCUCGGAGAACUUGUGAAAAUGAAAGUUCCAGCUGUGGCAGAGCUGAUGGAAAGACAUGGAGUCAUGUGGACCCUAGUGGUGUCACGCUGGUUUAUAUGCUUGUUCAUUGACAUUCUUCCAGUAGAGACUGUGCUCCGAAUAUGGGAUUGUUUAUUCUACGAAGGGUCAAAGAUCAUCUUCCGCGUAGCCUUAACGUUAAUUAAGCAACAUCAAGCUUUUAUUUUGGAAGCCACAAAUUUCCCUGACAUUUGUGAUAAAUUUAAGCAGAUCACCAAAGGAACAUUCGUAACUGAGUGUCACAGCUUCAUGCAGAAAAUAUUCACAGACCCUGGAAGCUUGUCCAUGGCAACCAUCAACAAACUCCGAGAGACUUGCAGAGAGAAGCUGCUUUCUCAGGGAUAACUCACCAGCUUUAACCAGGUGGUCAGAUACUACAGCAGAUGACACAUUCCUCUAUUUGCACUGACUAAAGCACACUUUAAGCUUUCCAUGAGUUAACUGUCACUUGACCAAUUUUUCCUGCCUUUCCAGUAAGUGUUGUUCCUUUGUACUGUAAGUCAGAGUUCAGAACUGCAACCAGUGGUUCUGGUUGUGGGGGAGGGGUUGUUUGUUUUAAGGAUUAAAGUAGAAUGUGAUCAGUGUCAGGACACUCCUUUUAAAAAAAAAAAAACCAACCAGUCACCGUUCUUGUCUCUUCAGGGCAUUUUGUAAUGUUAAAAUAAAACAGGUGUAUAAAAUUACAUAUGCUUCCUAUUGUAUUAACUGUGACACCAUUAUAAUUUGUACAAAAUAAAUUAAUUUAAUUUGUCAGAACGUCUUUCUUGGUGUGGAGAGAGUAAAAUAUCUGAUCUCUUUCCUGACUGCCAAUAAUUGACUGGAAGACAAAACAUCUUCCAUUUUCCUUGCUGCUAUCACUUAAGGAACUCAGUAAAUAUGGCAAAGUGCAGGGCAAGAUGGCAAUGAGGAAGGUGAUGUUUAUCUUCACUAGCAGUUACUCUGUGCAGUGUAGAACAGCUCUUCAGGUCAUGACAGCAGGGAAAUGUGGAAGCCCAGGCUCCAGAAAGCAGCAGCAUAAAUUCCUCUAUAACCACCUUUAAUAUUUUAUAUGCUUAUUCUGGGUGUUCUUGUUCUAGCACAGUAGGUACCGAGUAAUUUGCCUCGAACCUGGAAGUAGCAUUUUGUACUAUCUGGUAAGGGAUGCUGAAAGUAGCUGCUGUACUUGUUCUUUGUGCUGGUGAACAGAGGUUGUACAGUUGCUAUCUCCUCAUACACAGUGCUCCUAAAAAAUCUGCGAGAAACAUUUGUAAAGAUGGCUACAGACCAUUCUUCCUUGAUAAGGUGAGACAUCGGGUUUCUGCCCCUGGGCAGAAACAAGCAAAGCUGCAGCCAUGCCCCUAAACGAGGCCACUUCCAGCCCGGCUGAGGCCAGGUGCCUGGAAUUUGCUUUCUUGUCCUUACAGAGCCCUCUCCUGGCCAAGGCCUUUCCAUCUCCUUCCUGCUGGGGAAGGAAGACUGAAGAGGCCUUUUUUACUCUCCUUGUUGAACGCCUCACCUAUGAACAGCACACUCCUUUUCAGAAUCCAUGCUACUGUCAGUUCCUGCCAAGGAAGGCUUACCCCACAGACUCAAUUCCUGCCCUGUGCAGCUGGUACUGUUAACACCAAUACAUUUCUGCAGGAGGGAGUCAAGAGAACCUUUAAACACAGAAGUUCCUUGGCAAGCACAUUACAAUGCACACAGACCUCAGCAGACACACGUUUCCUACUCUGUAGUAAGAAUCUAAAUUCAAAAUAAAGCCUAAAAUGCCAUUUAUGCAGUCAUUACACGGAAUACUUUAGCAGCACUUUCGGAAAACAACGCUUUAGCAGGGCAGACCCAUCUACUGGCAUUUCUCAAACAGCAAUAUAAUGUAAAAGUUAAGUUCUCCAGAUCUCAGGUUACUAAUACAUAGAAGCUUUACUCAUGUCCAAGCCCAAACUCCAAAACAAGGGACUGUUUUGAAGACACUUACAUAGUCAAGCCUCACCUCUGUGCCACUCAAGAGGAAAAACUUAAACAUUUUUUUAACAGAACCUCACACAAAGGAUUAUUUAAAGCUUCCAAAGUAGAGUGAAAGGCUUUACCACUUACCAAACAGUCAAGUAUUUUUAAGAGUGAUCAGCAACACUAAGAUAUACAGAAAAAAAGUGUCUUUAUUAGCAUUGUUACAGGCAAUGCAUACAUAAGAACUGAUCCUUAAAGUGUACAACCCCCCCUCAGCCAAGUUUAAAGCAAGAGAAUCAGCAGAUUGAGAUCUAUAUUGUACACAUGUGCAGUAACAGGAUCUCUCUGGACCUUCCAACAGAAGAGACUGAAAUCACUUUACAAAAAAACGUAAAUAAAAAUAACACCCAUUUUAAAAAAGUACCAGCUCCUAACAAGCUGGCAGAGCAUCAAAAAUAUCAAACAGGGGAGUCGUCCAAUCAUAAAGAGUUCCUGUAAGGUUUGAGUAUUGCGUUGUUCGCACCCUGCAUGUGCCAGGCAUUGAGUUUAAAGCUUAGUAAAAAAAACCACACACCUAAGAGGCAAGGUGGAGUUCAGAUCUUAAAUUUCUAUUUUGUCAGUUGUUACUGAAUUUCUUUAAAUGCAUCAUCAGUAUCGUUAACAUCAUCACUGAGUGGCAGCGGUACGAAGAGUGAACCUUUUCCCUUUUGUUAAGAGUUCUGAAAUUGAGUCAGUGUAUUAGCAAGAUCUUUCUCGCUCUCUGGAAUCUUAUGCUGACACGACCUUAUGCCAAUUCCAAAAAACGCACCCUUAAAAACUUUUAGCUUGUUUCUAAGUGGGUAAAUAUUUCAACUAGUUAGCAAAAUUAAACACCAGAAUUUUCAGAAGUUAUUUUUGUGCAUAGUUAAAUGCUGCAAGAUGAUUUCACAUUUAAUAAAGCAGACUUUAAGAAGCAGCAAUUUGCAAGAAAAGGUGCUCCCUUACAAUAUCAAUCGUAGCUCAGGGGAAAUGUGUGGGGUGUUUUUGUUUUCCCAGCUUCUUGCAAUUGCUUUUCCUCUACACUGGG